GCACGUAGCUUCCAUCUGCCGUGUGCCAAGGACGGGCAAUGCAUCACCCAGUUCUUUGGACAGCACAGGUCCUUCUGCUUUGAGCACCGCCUUCGACAGACAACAGUGACAGCUCCAGCAAAAGGCACCACCUGCGCCAUCUGCCAGGAGGCCGUGGGGAACAUCGCAUCCUACCACACCCUGGCGUGCCCAGUUUGCAAACAUGCCUGGUUCCACCGGGGCUGCAUCCAGCAACAGGCGCUGAAUGAUGGCAUGGCGUGCUUCCGCUGCCCUGUCUGUCAAGACAACACCCUAUUCCGUAUGGAGAUGUCCAUCAUUGGGAUCCAAAUCCCAGACAGAACACCAGCACGGGAGGACAACCGUGCAUACGCACCACUUCUACAGAGGCACCGGCGCUGUGAUGCCAUCAUGUGCUUUUACCAUGGAGGCAGGGAGCUGGCAGAAGAAGAGGGGCCCUGGCAGCUGAUCCUGUGCAGCUCCUGUGGAGCGGAGAGCACCCACCGACAGUGCUCCCGCUCAAGCAUCAGAAUGAACAUGUGGGACUGUGACAGAUGUGCUGGCCUGGGUACCGCCUCCAGAGCCAUCUCGGAGCUCGCGGCACUCAGCACUGCCAGACAGCAGAGCCUGGAGUCAUCCCACAGCCCCCAGGAGCCUGAGGACAGCUGCUCCGGCCCCAACAGCCAGGCAGCGUCCGGGCCAUCACAUAGGUCCCAGCUGCCGGAGCUCAGCUGCCAGACCAGUGAGCUGGGGACAAUCUGCUCCCAUAUUCCUGACCAUCAGGGGACAGUGGAGCAGCACCACGCACAGCAUGGGAGCAGCCAUACACCCACCCCAGCCAUUGAAAGCAGCUCCCGCGUCUCCACCAGACGGGGCAGAUCGGGAUCCUCCAGAGCAGCCACAGCAGCUGCGCGCAGGAGGCGUCCCAGGCAGCGGAGAACAAGGAGCGCACGAAGCCGCUCCCCGCUGCAAGGUCGGGCCCCAGGAUCCCAGAGCCGGACCAGAAGACCUCGAGGCAGCAGGCGAACACCAUCUCCAGCUGCUCAGAGCAGAACCCGCAGCACCACCAGAGCGGCAACGCAGAGGUCCGUGAGGGCUCCCCAGCGUUCACGCACUGCGGACCGGCCCAGGCAGCCACGGCAGGCCCGCACGCGAAGCCGGGGCUUCUCUUUCAGGGACGUCUAA